AUGAAGGGUCUUUCGUUCCUGGCCGUCGGCCUAUUCUCCGGGGCCUUGGCCGCCACUAUUUCGACGGACGCCACAUGCGGGGGAACCAACAAAUACACCUGUCUCGGUAGCACGUUUGGCAACUGCUGUAGCAGCGCCGGAUGGUGUGGUUCCACCUCCGCGUACUGUGGAACCGGAUGCCAGUCGGGUUAUGGAAAUUGUGGAAGCAACAAUGGAGCUUCGAGUUCAGUGCUAAGCAGCACCAAGAUCUCCUCCGCCACCUCAAAGACUUCGUCCGCCACUUUGUCACCGUCUGCAACCACGUCCGGCUCUGCUACGCAGUGUUUAAGCGGGAAGAAGGUGCCCUACAAGGUCUCAUCGGACGCAGCCUAUUCCCAGCUUGCAGAGCCCUAUAACUUACGCCUGCCGUACAAGCCUGCUGUUAUCGUUCUGCCGACAACGAACCAGCACGUUCAAGAUGCUGUUGUCUGCGGCGCAAAGGCCGGCUUGAAGAUUCAGGCGAGAUCUGGUGGCCACUCUUACGCGAGCUUUAGCAGUGGAGGAAAAGAUGGGUCGAUGGUCAUCGAUUUAGAGGAUUUCCAGACCGUCGCUUUGGAUACCUCAUCUGGCGUCGUUCAGGUUGGUGGUGGUGUGCGCUUGGGCAACCUUGCGGAUGGCAUUUACCAGCAGGGCAAGCGAGCUCUUUCUCACGGAACCUGCCCUGGUGUUGGCAUCGGUGGACAUUCCACGCACGGCGGAUAUGGCACGACUUCGCGAAGCUGGGGUCUCGCCAUGGACGCGAUCAUCGCUGCCGACGUUGUUCUCGCUAACGGUACUCUCGUCAAGGCUAGUUCCUCGCAGAACUCUGAGAUCUACUGGGGCAUCCGUGGAGCUGCGGAAUCGCUCGGCAUAAUCGUCAACUUCUACAUGCAGACGCGUGCUGCACCUGAGAGUGUCACUUACUUUGCUAUCCCAUGGACUGGAAUGUUCAACAAGAAGGCCACCUUCACCAACGGCUGGCUGCGCCUGCAAGAAAUUGCACGCAACUCUUCCAUCAUCGACAACCGCAUCUCAUUCGGCGUCUACCUCGACAACGCCGGCACCUUCAGUCUGUCCGGUUUCUUCUCGGGUACCGUGGACGAGUUCAACUCCAAGAUCAAGCCUGAAUUCCUGCGAAACAUGCCCACAGCCGGCACCGCGACAGUCAAAUCCUACGGUUGGUACGACUACCUCGUCCUUCUCGGCGGCAAGACCACGAUCAAAGAGCCCACCGCAGGCUACGACGAGCACGACACCUUCUUUGCGAAAUCGCUUACCGUCCCGGAGAAGGACGGCCUCUCAGCCGCUGCCCUCAACGCCUAUUACGAUUACAUCAAGGCCGGCAGCACCACUUUCUACUCCAUCAUCAACCUCUACGGUGGACCUGGCUCCGCGAUCAACAGCAAGGAUACCAACUUCGCAGCUUAUGGUGAUCGCGAUAGUCUGUGGGUAUUCCAGAACUACGGCCAGGGUGCAGACACGGUAGAUUACAUGAACGGCAUGAACAACGCGAUAAUCAAGGCGCAACCUAACACUAACUUCGGCGCGUAUCUUAACUACGUAGAUCCGAGCUAUGAUGCUGCCACUGCGCAUAAGCUUUACUACGGCGACGCCUUGUAUGCGCGCUUGUUGGCGUUGAAGAAGCAGGUGGAUCCGCAGAAUGUGUUUUGGAAUCCUCAGUCUAUUGGGGCUUGA